AUGUCGUUGUCAAACGCCACCAAAAAGAUCUCGAUUUCUGGUAGGUCCUGUAUCUCCCCUCAUGAAUCCACUUCUGAGAAGUCAGUGACAUUUGGCACCAACAACACCUGGAUCGCCCGACCUGCUUCCGCAUCCGAAAACCUCUUCGAGAGCAGCACUCUGUUGGGUCUGAGCCAGAGUAGUGCGCUCGCAAAUCCUGUCAGCUUUACAGACUCUACAGACAGUCUAUCAGGAGAUCUCACUGACGUAUGGGAACUAUAUGGAAUCCAUGUUUUGCUUACGAAGACUGGUGCCAACUUCUACGCCAAGACCACUAGCGAGGAUGGUUGGUACAUUUUGGUGUGGAGUCUGUCUGUCAAGGCAUCACUUGACUAUAUUCCAAUUACCUUGAGUACCAACGCACCUGUAGCUAGGUCAUAG